AUGGAGGUGGAGCAGGCCUUCCAGGUGGAGUACUUGUGCUCCUGCUGGCCCGUGCUGCUGCAGCUCUACGUGGCCACGGAGGCCGUCCUCAUCGCGCUCGUGGGGGCCACGCCCUCCUACCGCUGGGACCUGGCCGAGCUCCUGCCGAACCAGAGCCACGGCAGCCAGUGGGCGGGUGAGGACCUGGCGCUGGGGGACUGGCUCCUGAAGGCCAACGGCAGCGAGGUGCGCAAGCACGUGCACUUCAGCGGCAGCUUCACCUCCAUCGCCUCCGAGUGGUUUCUGAUUGCCAACAGAUCGUACAAAGUCAGCGCGGCCAGCUCCUUCUUCUUCAGCGGCGUGUUUGUGGGCGUGAUCUCUUUCGGGCAGCUUUCCGAUCGCUUCGGGAGGAAAAAGGUCUACCUCACAGGUCUUGCGCUCGACAUCUUAUUUGCUAUUGCGAAUGGGUUUUCGCCCUCAUACGAGUUCUUCGUGACGACCCGCUUCCUGGUGGGCGUGAUGAAUGGAGGGAUGUCCCUGGUGGCCUUUGUCCUGCUGAACGAAUGUGUGGGCGCCGCCUACUGGGCACUCGCAGGGUCGAUCGGCGGCCUCUUCUUCGCGGUCGGCAUCGCCCAGUGCGCCCUGCUGGGGUACUUCAUCCGCUCCUGGAGGAGCCUGGCCGUGCUGGUGAACCUGCAGGGGACAGCCGUCUUUCUCUUAUCUCUAUUCAUUCCUGAAUCACCUCGUUGGUUAUACUCCCAGGGUCGACUGAGCGAGGCGGAGGGGGCUCUGUACCUCAUCGCCAAGAGGAACCGCAAGCUCAAGUGCACGUUCUCACUCACUCAGCCGGCCAACAGGGGCUGCAAGGCGUCGGGGAGUUUCCUGGACCUGUUCCGGCACCGGGUGCUCCUGGGGCACACGCUGACCCUGAUGUUCAUCUGCCCACCUGUCAGCGUGCUCUCAGCAUCAGUGUACAUGGCAGUGAAGGUUCAGGGCGGCUCCGUUUAA